AUGGCUCUCUGGGAUCUGCGUCCAGAAGAGGUGCUUGGCCGGCCGAUGGAUGAGGCACGGGUCUCGGGUCGGAUAGAGACCUGGGCCCGCACUCUACCGGCGGCAGGGAAGGGUGUUGAUCGCCUCGAAUUGACGCUCAAAGCCGCCACUCCUGAGCUAGACGCCGCGGCCGCCAUCGGCUGCUCAUUUGUGCCUGGGCUAAGUAACGACGAGCUUGCCCCAGUUGGCGUCCAGAAGCUGGAGACAGACGAUCUUCACUCGUCCUGA